AGGCAGUUUUUUGGUUGCCGAGGGCCAGCCCGCGUCUGCCGCCCUCCCGCCGCGCGGAAUCUGGGGCCAUGCAGGACGUCGGCUCUGCGAGCAUGCCAGGCGACAGCGAGGGAGACGCGGCGAGCUGCCCGCGGUCCAUGCACGUGGUCGGAAGGUCAGCUGGCCAGGAGAACCACGACAUCUGUGGGGAAUAUGUCCAUGUGGGUCAACACCACGGGUUCGCUGUCUACCAGAAGUUGGGCUCGGCUACAGCCAUCCGGUAUUUGCGGUCAAUGCACCGUUGGGUGAUUGACAGGGCAGGUGUCCGAGAGUCUGACGUCUGCGUGGCUUGGGCGAACGACAGUGUCGGGUCGAUACAUCCAGCACGUGCUGACCUCAUUUGGCACGUCUGGGAUGUUACUUCUCAAGUCCACGUGAUGGACGCAAAUGUGGUGACGUUCUCUGCGCCGGCGAAAAUUACAUUGGUAGGGCGCGCGGCCAACCGUGAGAAUGCCUCGGCCAACGGAGAGUACACGCUGGCAGGGGUGUGUCACAGCCGCCCCCUCUACCAGCACAGGAACGGCACCGCCGUGCUCCGCUUCCACUCGGACGAGGGGCGCUGGCUUCUCUCCUCUGUGUACGACUCUGGCAACGUAUGCUGUGCCUUUGCCGAGGGGGACUCCAUGCCGCACCCAGGAUUCCCUGAGCUGCAGUGGCACUUCUGGGAGCCGCAGGUUGGCAAGUUCAGCCCUGAUCCGGCAACGCGGACGCUCACCGCACCUCGGAUGCUUCACGUGAUGGGGCGGAGCGCAGAGAGCGGUAAUGCACGUAUCUGUGGCACUUACUACCUUGCUGGCGCUUGGGAGGGCCGCUCACUGUAUGUGCAGCCUGGCACGCAGACGGUCAUUCGCUACUCCGGGAAGACCGACAGGUGGUUGAUUGAUUGCGAAGGCCUUGCCGAGCCGAGUCUGAUGAGCAAGCUGUACCACUGGAUCCUGACGGGCGACACGUCUGCCGCAAGCGAGCGCUGCACUGCCCACUCGCAGGCGUGCGGCACCCAGCACCCGGGCUUCUGCGACCUCCAGUGGCAGGUAUGGGAUACCCUAUCAGGGCGCCACAAUCGGGACCUCAAGGUCCGCGCCACCACUGCGCCGUUGGCUGUUCGGAUAGCUGGGCGGUUACCCGCCAGUGAGAACAGCGAUAUCAACGGCGACUACGUGCUGCAGACUACCCACCUGGGACGGCCAGCCUACCAGAAGGUCGGUGGCCGGGCCAUGAUUCGCUUCUGGCGCCCGGGGCUCGCUAGCUACACCCACACCCAUCCUGGCCACGCCGAUCUUCGGACCCAGCACCGAUCCUGGGCCCAAGGUCUGGCCACGAUCGGUGGAGGUGUACAAGUCUGCGUCAUCCUAGGCCACCCAGUGGACGCUGGGUUAUCGACCGAGAGGGCCUGCGAAACACAGACUCCUGCGUCGCAUACGCCGACAGCCCCCAGCAGAACAGCGACCAUCCGCCGACCGACGGCGCCGCGUGGUACGUGUGGGAGACAAGCAGAGGGGGGCACUUCCUGGACCAGGGUCUGGCCGCGUCGGUUCCCGCGGACGCCCCGACGGAGCUGCCGCCGCCCGCCCCCGCCGCGGGCAAGCGGGGCCUGGCCGCGCCGCCCGUCGUGGACCAGAAGCGGAGGCGGCUGGACGCGGCCGACGCGGCCGAGGCGCGCGCCCGGAGGCCCGACGGCCUCGCCGGCCAGGGGUGGCUGCCUCGGAUCUUCGGGGGCGCCUGAGCCGCUGCCUCGGCGGUCCUGGCGGCGCAGCCGCGGCAGGCCGCCCCACGUGCGGUCCGGCAGCCUCGCUGGCAAGAGGUGGCUCCCUCGGAUCUCCCGGGGCGCCUGAGCCGCUCUCUUUGCGCGCUGCAGAGCCCAUUCGAUUCACCCAGGGCAAGUCCUGGGCUGCACGUGAUGGUCGUGUGCAGACUCGCUGCGCAGACGAAUUCUGUAUCCGACCCUAUGGAGAUCUCCCGCUCCUCUCUAUCUCCGGCCCUCUCAUCACCCCCACCUCCCUCGAGGGUCAGCGGAGAUCCUCGUAGGGCUUCAUCCGCAUCAAUUCGCAGUAGGGCAGGCCGAGAAGGAAUUUGAAGCGUCCGAGCAUGGGUUGGGCUGUGUGGCUCUCCACGGCCCAGGCAAGUACCCGUGCAUGUAGCACUUAGGUUGUCUUCCUCCUCAUCCGCGGUCAGAUUGUGAUCCAACUCGGCACGUACUAUUGAGCCUGAAUGCGAUCGGAAUGCGAUUCUCUGCGUGGCCAGUAACAUUUUGGGUAUCGGGGAGCACUGGGG